AGAUUUAAACGAUCUAAUUUUCAAAAUUUAAACAUCGAAAGGUAUUAGUUUGAUUAAAAAUAAAAUAAUCCUUCAAAAAAAGUACUUAAAUAAAAAAUGAGACAACAGUACGAUUAAAUUAAUUAAAUAGGAAAUGAAAACAUUUCAAGUGAUACUCUUUAUUUGAAAGAAAGAUUUAAAAAUAACGUUGAAGAUUUUAAUAACACUUUACAAGGUUUAAAAUAAUGUAUGGAGUAGAUUAAAAAGAAUGAAAGAGAUGGAAGCACUAACUAAAAGAUUGAUAAAUUUUAGAGAGUUGAAUAAAUGCUUAAUGAAAGAAAAAAUAAGUAAAAUCUUACUAAUAAGAGUAUAAUUAGUUAAAAUACUGAAAGGUUUUACAAUAGCUUGUAAAGUCAAAAUUAUCAAUCUUAACCUUAACAGGUUUCAACCAUAAACACAACAGCUACUCCUAAUAGCAAUAAUAUGAGUGAAUCAUAAAAAAGCGAUUUAAAUUAAAAAUUAUAGCAAUAAGAGGAUUUCAAAAUAUCUUUUACAAAAAACAAUCCUUAGCUUCAAAAAUUUUAGCAAAAGUUUUUAAAUGUGCUAGAGCCAGAAGAAAAUUUAUGUGAAAGCGAUGGCAGUAGUUUUUUAAGAGGCGGAGGAGAAGCAGGAGUAGAGGAUUUGAUAAAAAAAUAAACAAAAAGUUAAUAUGAUAACUAAUAUAAAGAUUCUUAAGAUAACUUUAAAAUUGAUAGAUAAUCAAUUGGCUCAGGACUUUCUUGUAGUGGAAACGAAAUCUUAUAGGGUAUCUAACGUUUCUCAGAUAUUAAUGAGAAAAAAGCAGAACAAUUUUUGUAGGAGUUCGAAGAUGAAGAUUCUAUAGCUCUACCAGAAAAUAUAUGUAAACUCUUUCCUGAUGCUUAAUAUAGAGGAAAUAGACUCUCAGAAAUAGAACGUGAUUUUAGUAGAAAAUCAUAUGGAAGUAGUUAAAAUGAUUAAAAUUCAUGUAUACUAGCUUCCUAAAGGUAGGAAACAAAUCAAAAGUCUCUUUUAUCAUGUUAAGAUAAAGUCAAUCAGACUUAGUAAGAUUUGAACUCUGAAUAAAGUUCUUGUAUCUUGUAAGAUUUAAAUAUAUAUCAAUUCUACUCUAAUUAAUAACAUGCUCUUCCUAUUGAAGAUAGGUUGUAUGUCAAAGAUUUAAGUCGUGAAAUUAAGAUUAAGAAUCUUUAAAACUCUUAGCAGAAGAGGUUAGAAGCAGAACUUUAAAAAGUGCCCAAGAUUUCAAAACAAAGUGAUUAAAUUGCUCGAAAUUCUGCAAGAUUCUAGUAGAAUCCUGAUCUAGUUUCAAGACUUAUGAAUGAUAAAUUGAAAUAAGAUAUGUUAAUUAAAUAAAAACAAGUUUAAUAGCAAAUGGAAGACGAGCAUAGAUUCACAUUUGCCCCUUAAAUAAAUUAAACUUCUUUGAAUAUGAAUCGUAAAAUUGAAAAUUUAUACCAAUGGGAUUAAAAGAGAAAAAUAAAAUAGUCAUAAGUCUAGAAAUAAUUGGAAAGAGAAGAAGUAGAAAAUAUUCAAAAAAUGAAGUAGUCUACAUUUAUAUGUGAAGGAUCUAAAAAAAUUGUUGAACAGUAAGUUAGAGGAUAAUAAAAGAUAGAAGAUAGAUUAAUUAGAGAAGGACAAUCAAUUUAAGCUAGGAAAAAGCUUCAACAAGAAAAAGAAAAUAUGAUGAUUAAAGAAUUAAGCAAUCAAAAAAGCAUAAAAAGGUCUUAGUCUCAUUCAGGAGGACUAAAUUCGUUUUCUCGAUAGGAUGAAACUAUUCAGCUCAAUACAACUAAUUAAACAGCUAAGAAAUAAUAAUUCAGUUAAAGUAAAUAAAAUUCUUAUGUUUAAGAAAAUAUAGCAGCAACUCCUAGCUCUUAUAUAUAUUAUUGCCCUAAAUAAUAAUAUUAAGAGUAAAAUAAUUAAAACAUAAUAUAAGAUUAGCUGCAAGAUUGCUAAAUAACACCUAUUCAUUAAGAUAAUUAAUAGAAUGUUUUAAAUUAAAACUAUUUAACUUAAAAUGCAAAAUUAUAGAAAAGCUAAUCAACUUAAAAUUUUACAAAAAAUUUUUAGUAAAACAGUUUAACAAAUUAACAAGUAAAUGCUAUCUAAUCCAAUUAAAAUUAAUAUUAAAAUUCUGAUGUUUCAGACUAAAAUAUAUAAAUACCUUUCCCUUAUGUACUAUCUUAAUAAAAGAGUAUUCAUCAAAAAGCUUUAUCUCUUCACAUGGAUUCUAAACCUAUAACCGAGAUUCAAUAAAAUUAAUUACCCCUUCCUCUUCAUGCUUACAAAAAAAGUGAAUAAAUCAUACUUCCUAAGAAUACUAGUGGAAAAAUUAGCGUGGAAAGCUUAAUUUAAAGUGCCUAAUUUCGUAAAACUAAAAUAUUCGCAUGUGACAAUUAGAACGUAUUUAUACUCGAUAAAUGUGACACUAUCCCUCUUUCUUCAAAAAAUCUAAGUAAAUAUUUUUUUAUUUAAAUUUAUAAUAAAAAAUAUUAAUUUUUAUUAGCUGUAAAAGAUGUAAAUUAGCUUAUUUGCUAAAAAUAGAAAUAUGAAACAAAUAUUCCCAACAAUAGUAAACAAAUAAAAUAAAGCUAAAACAGCUAUAAUUUAAGGUAAGGUUUAUAACCCAAUAAUUCAUAAAAAGAAAAUAUAGUUUAAUAAGUUUUCUAAUAAAAACCUUUUUCUAAACAAGCUAGCCAAAAUAAUUUGCUUCAGAAUUAAAACACUAACAAUUAAUUUUUCAAACAAAUAAAAAAUGAAAAGAAUGGUCAAAGCUACCAUAGUUAAUUUUAAAAAAGAAAGCAACAAAGAACCAACUCAUGCUUAUCAAAUUAAUACUUUUCAUAGAACUGA